AAGUUCUUACAAAGCAAGCUGCCAACACUAGGAUUCUAACAACACACCUGUGAGAUGCUAGAAACGCUCCUGCGCAGUCGCAAGCAUGCGACAUACGGGAACCGCGUUUCUUUCACCCUAAAUCCUCUGCGUAAAAUGAGCGGCUACCUGCCGGGAACGGCGAGUCUGGUCGAAGAAAUCGACAAGAAACUGCUCGUCGUGCUUCGCGACGGACGCACUCUGAUUGGCACGCUGCGCAGCGUCGACCAAUUCGCCAAUCUCUUGCUGCAGGACACCAUUGAAAGAAUUUACGUCGACAAAGAAUACGGCGACAUAGCAAGAGGUAUCUUCAUUGUGAGGGGCGAGAACGUCGUACUUCUCGGCGAGUACGACGACAUCGAGGACGAAUCGAAAACGGCCGAUCAUCCAGCUAGAAUAUUGACGAGAGUUCCUAUCGACAAGAUCAUGGAGGCGCAGAGAAUCGAACAGACGAAGCAGCAGGAGAAAGCACGACUGAGACAGAAAAUACUGAUGAACAGAGGAUUGCAGCCUAGUGAUGUAUCAGAUGAUUUUAAUUGAAAUUACGUGAUUUCGUACUAGAUUGCGUUUGAUAUUAAUGAUGUAAAUGACAUUGUACACAAAA